AUGGCGGCGACCGCAAUCCCUUUCAUCGUCAAGUUCAUGCCGCCUGCGCCUGCGCCGACUCGACCCUCACUCCUCACUCCCGAUGCGCCGGAGCGCGCGCUCCUCAUGGCCUUCGACGCCAGCGAUACCUUCAGCAAAGUGUGGAAGGACAUCCAAAAGAGCUACGAUGGCGCAUAUCCGGCCGACGAGCGAGCGCGGACGUCAUUCGCCCGCUUGCAGUCUCCUAUCGGAGUUGAUAUCAUUCUGUCGUGGACUGUCGGGGCGCUCUUUCAACCUUCACAGACGCUGCAGGAGAGAACUUUGUAUAUGCAGCUGGUGGCGGUGGAUCAUCAAAGCUCCAUCGCGCCGGGUAGCGCGCUUCAGCCGCUGGGAUACAAGAAGCGGUCUUUUGCGGAUUUGACACCGGCGACGCAGCAAGCGGUGAAGCGAAGAAAACUUGAAGAAAGCCGAUAUGGACAACCUCUUGAUACUCUGGAUGCUGAUACUCCGGUAAUUUCACGCGAGGAAGAGGUGGUUGGUGGAGCAGUCGAGGGGCAAGCGAACGGGACUGGACAACAGGUGGACAAGGAUGGUUUCAAGAUACCUGCAAAGAUCCAGAAACGUCAAGCACCGCCAUCGCAGCGACAAAAAGCUCCAACGAACCCAUCACCCGCACUAGCUGCCUUGCGCGAACGUACGGCCGCCGACGCUGCUGCGACUAAGUUGGCGAAACAGGCAGCAUCGCGCACUGAUAUCGAAUCACCUCGCGAUCCUAAUGGGUCUCAUGAUGGCUCCCCGGCAAGAUCAUCCGAUGUGGUCGCAAAAUCCAAGGCAAUCCCUACACCAGGCUUGAGUGAAGACCAUACAGUCAAAGAUGGCGCCACCAAGUCAGCUGCACGCCGGCAAGUCGUCGCAGCCCCGCCUUCUCGUUCUGCUCUGCGCCAAAAUACCUUACCUUUCGAGUCUGCAAAGAGUAUAUCUGUGGAAGAUCCAAUCGAAGACGAGGAUGACGAAGAGGAAGACGAGGAGGAAGACGAGGAAGCGGCCAAACCUCGAACCACCACCGCGAUUACGCCCCAACCUGGCUCCAAGCCUCGACCCAGCACUUCGAACGCCGCCGUAUCGUCCGAUGCUGCAUCCACUAGCAAUCUGCAGCCCAACGACGAAUCUGCGCUGCUCCGGUCGCCCAGUGACUCACCUCCGCCAACGCGUAAAGGACUAUGGACGGCCGAGGAAGACAAAAUCCUCCUUCGUGGCGUACGUCGGGGUUACAGUGGGAAGCAGCUUACACAGAUGCGUGGGUUGUAUCGCACCUCGGAUGGCAUCAAACAUCGACGACAAAAGCUGAUGGAGAAGUAUCCGGGAGGAAUCAUUCCGCCAACAGACGAAUACUACGAAGGCGAAACACCGCGAAAAGACAGUAAUGCCUCGCGCGACUCCCGAAGUGUAUCCACCGCGAGUGCUUGGACCGCCCAGGACGUCUCCACUGUCAAGUCUGCCAUGGCUCAGGGGCUACUGACUUCGGAGAUUCAGCAAAUGCAUUUUCCGGACCGCUCUGAGGAGUCUGUGCGGAAGAAAGCGGCCGCAGUCAGGGAUUACGUGUUCAGAGGAGAAGAGGGGAAGGAUACAUUCCCGAAAGACAAGAUCCGAUUGCCUGGCUGGAACACCGAGCAUGAUCUGAGGCUACGAAGGGUCUUCAAUGAAGGAGGGAUGACGGCGCAACAGGCACGAAAACAAUACUUUGCCUCUUUUUCCGUGGAAGUUGUGAAGAAAAAGAUGGACGCCUACGAGAAGCAAAUGGCAAAGUCGGGGCACAAGAGACUCUCAACAAACGUCUCCAGCCAGCUUAGCCCGAGCGCAGGACGUGAACGACCCUCGCGGAGUGCAGAGAGCCGAGAGAAGAGCGUACAGGAUAGUGAGGCCGAAGCAGAAGCAGAAGAGAGCAGCGCAUCCUCCGAAGACGAAGAGCUUCCCCUUGGCCCGAGCCCGCGAGUUGUCGUGACAUAUUCUAAGCAACAGUCUGCUUUGCGAGCUCAGGCCAACGCCGCUACGAACAAGAGGAAAGGAAAAGAUCGCGCUGGGCUCGCUCCCUCUUCUGCAGCCGAGUCAACCCCGCGCGUUCCAAGUUCGUCCCAGGACCUGAAGCAGACUGAAGAAGCAAGUACAGCUAGCUCUGAGGAGGGGUCAGAUGACAGCGAUGAGGAAGAUGAAGAAGAUGAGGAAGACGGCGAUGACCAGCCAGUUCAGCAAGACCAAGUCGCGGACUCGGAGCAGAAUGACGAGCGUAGCGAGGACGAAGCGACGAGCAGCGAAGACGAUGAGUCGGAACCAGACCUCGAAAAGCUGGAACGACAGCUCCAGUCUCAGGUCGAGACCGAGGCUGAGGCUGUUGAGCCCGAGCACCCAGACGAGAUUCCCAUGGAUGUGAACCCGCAAGGCGCGGCAUUGGAUUCUCCAGUCACCAGCAAAUCUGCUUCUUCUUCGAAAUCGGGCAGUAGCGGCAGACUCCGUUCUGUCAAUGGUGCUGCAACACGAUAUACGCAACGCGUGGCCAACAAGAUGCGAGAAUUUCGGCAAGGAAGAGAUUCUCCGACUCAUUCUCGACCUUCUCCCACGAAGCCAGGCCAGCAUGCAACUUCGGGAAGCCAAUACCAGAGUCUCACAAAACCCGAGUCCAUAGGCGAAGUAGAGCCCUGGAUCCCAUUCGAAGACCGCCCCCAAAACGCCAAAGGCGAAAUCAACGUCGGUCGUCGCCAUCACCCCUUCUACAUGAAAUCCAACCACCCCUGGGUGCAGUCUGAAGACGAGCUGUGGCGAGAAGCGCGCCGACUAGCCAAGCCCGAGUGGUCGGAAGACAUGUACCGCUACAUCCGCGACAACAAUCUGAUUCUCAUGCGCGUGUCUGCUGGCGACUCCCAGGAUGUGGACAGGCUGCGGAGGAAGAUGCUGCAUGAGAGGAAGAUCCGUCGUAAGAAGAUGGGCUUGCUGCCUCUGUGGAGUCUUCGGCGGGGAAGGAAGUUGCUUGGGACUGCACAGGUGGAUGGGGAGGAUGAGCAUGAUUCUGAGUAUGAGCCGGAGGAGGAGGAGGAUGAUCGCGCAGAUUAUCAGGGGAUGUUGAAAGAGCAGUUUCGCGAGAAGGCGGACUCUGAUGUUGAGAUGGACGACGGUUUGCAAGUUGACGAUGUGGACAACAAUCGGGCUAUUGAGGAGGUUCAGGAUGGCGACAGUGACAAUAACAUCGACGCGACAACAAAGCAGGCGAACGGAGAAGACGCUGAGACCGAAUCCGACACCGAACUGCCGACCGUCCCACCGAACGCGCCGCUUGAAGAGGUCACAGCGCCAACGGAUGCAGAACUACAACAAUUGGACCACAGUGACGAGGAAGGCGUCGUGUACGAUGGCAACGAGUCCUUUGUGUUCCAACGCCGCCAGCCUCAUAUGAAACGAUCGAACGCACGACCGAAUCUCCCCACCCCGUCGAGCUCCGUUCGUCCUUCUGCGCGACCUGAUAAGAUGCAAUCGAAAAAGGCAGGUACCGAGCAGAAGUCUACACCAUCACGGCAAGUUGAGAAUGGAGUUGAGAACGGCGAAGUCCACAAAGCCGCAAAGUCAAAGAAGCCGAAAAGAAGGCACAGCAAGAAAGACGCAACAGAGCACCCCUCUUCAACCGCUCCAGACGCGGGAAAGCAAGACGACCGCACCGCCAUGCCACCACCUCCUUCCAUCCCACAGCGCGAGCCAGACUUGACCUUGCAAAGACAAGAUAGUAUCAGCAGCAGCAUCCUGACCUCCGAACCCAGCAGCACAAGCCACGGCAUCAGCGCGGACGGCAGCCAAGUGUCGCGCCGCGGCUCCCGACGACGCAAAAAGUCCGAAGGCAAACGCCAAAGUCUCGCUGAUGUCUUCCCACCGGCUCAAGUGGGAGGGGAUCAUGUCAUGAUUUCCGCGACGCCGGAAGAUCAGCAAUCUUCUUCCGUCAUGUCUCAUGACCAGUCGGCGUCUUCGCAGCUACCUGGUGCUGAUACGCAAGAGGUGCACGACUCGAUUGAUGCGCGCACUUUGACGCCAGCCAACAGCCCGAGCAAGAAAGACGCCACCCUCCCUCGUAGCGCGCCGAAUGGCUCGCUCAAGCCGGAAGACGAGGCGCCGCAAUCUACUGCUGGGAGCGAUGGAACGAGGAAGAGUGGCGGUCUUCUGAAUUGGGGCUGGUUCAGGAAGCACGCGCAUAUUCCGCCCGCGCCGAAGCAGCAGAACAGUGGUGGUUUGCAGCCUGUUGUCAUGCCUUAUCAGGAUGACGAUGAUGAUGAAGAUGCGGGCAGUAGUGACGAUGACGACUGA